CUGGGCCGGCGGCGGCGGCGGCGGUACGAGGCGCGCGCUCGGGGUCCCGGUCGCGAGGAGGAGGAGGAUGUGGCGCGCGGAGGGGAAAUGGCUGCCGAAAACAAGCCGGAAGGGGUCCUCCAGAAAUUGAUCAUGGAUUACUUGACCGAGUUCAAGGCCCAGAGAUUUAUUCCAGGCACUCUGGGAGGCGAGGACCAUCAGUCUUUUUCCACUGAAUCUGAUGAUUCUCCAGAUGACCCAUUGCUGCCCGUAUGGGUGUCUUCUGAUGCAAAUCAGAGCGUUUCCCAAAGUGUGUUCUGCGGAACUAGCACCUACUGUGUUCUCAACACCGUGCCUCCUAUAGAAGAUGAUCAUGGGAACAGCAAUAGUAGUCAUGUAAAAAUCUUUUUACCGAAAAAGCUGCUUGAAUGUCUGCCGAAAUGUUCAAGUUUACCCAAAGAGAGGCACCGUUGGAACACUAAUGAGGAAAUUGCAGCUUAUUUAAUAACAUUUGAGAAACACGAAGAAUGGCUAACCACAUCCCCUAAGACAAGACCGCAGAAUGGCUCAAUGAUCCUCUACAACAGGAAGAAAGUGAAAUACAGGAAAGAUGGGUAUUGCUGGAAAAAGAGGAAAGAUGGGAAAACGACCAGAGAGGACCACAUGAAACUGAAGGUCCAGGGAGUAGAGUGCUUGUACGGCUGCUAUGUCCACUCCUCCAUCAUCCCCACCUUCCACCGGAGGUGUUACUGGCUCCUUCAGAACCCCGACAUCGUCCUGGUGCACUACCUGAACGUCCCGGCCAUCGAGGACUGCGGGAAGCCCUGCGGCCCCAUUCUCUGCUCCAUCAACACCGACAAGAAGGAGUGGGCGAAAUGGACCAAGGAGGAGCUCAUCGGGCAGCUGAAGCCCAUGUUCCACGGCAUCAAGUGGACCUGCAGCAACGGGAACAGCAGCUCGGGCUUCUCGGUGGAGCAGCUGGUACAGCAGAUCCUUGACAGCCACCAGACCAAGCCACAGCCGCGGACCCACAACUGCCUCUGCACUGGCAGCCUGGGAGCGGGCAGCAGCGUGCACCACAAGUGUAACAGCGCCAAACACCGCAUCAUCUCGCCGAAGGUAGAGCCGCGGACGGGGGGUUACGGGGGCCACGCGGAGGUGCAGCACAACGACGUCUCCGAGGGCAAGCACGAGCACAGCCACGGCAAGGGCUUGAGCCGCGAGAAGAGGAACGGCAAGGUGGCCAAGCCGGUCCUGCUGCACCAAAACAGCACCGAGGUCUCCUCCACCAACCAGGUGGAGGUCCCCGACACCACCCAGAGCUCCCCCGUGUCCAUCAGCAGCGGGCUCAACAGCGACCCGGACAUGGCGGACAGCCCCGUGGUCACGGGUGUGUCCAGCAUGGCAGUGGCCUCCGUGAUGGGGAGCUUGUCCCAGAGCGCCACGGUGUUCAUGUCCGAGGUCACCAACGAGGCCGUGUACACCAUGUCCCCCACCGCAGGCCCCAACCAACACCUCCUGUCGCCCGACGCCUCUCAGGGCCUCGUCCUGGCCGUGAGUUCCGACGGCCACAAGUUCGCCUUCCCUACCACGGGCAGCUCGGAGAGCCUGUCCAUGCUGCCCACCAAUGUGUCCGAAGAGCUCGUCCUCUCCACCACCCUCGACGGGGGCCGGAAGAUUCCAGAAACCACCAUGAACUUUGACCCCGACUGUUUCCUCAACAACCCAAAGCAGGGCCAGACGUACGGGGGCGGAGGCCUGAAAGCCGAGAUGGUCAGCACCAACAUGCGACACUCACCGCCAGUGGAGAGGGGCUUCAGCUUCACCACCGUCCUGACCAAGGAGAUUAAGACCGAGGACACUUCCUUCGAGCAGCAGAUGGCCAAAGAGGCCUACUCCUCCUCCGCGGCGGCCGCGGCUUCCAGCUCCCUCACCCUAAGCGCGGGCUCCAGCCUCCUGCCGUCGGGCGGCGGCCUGAGCCCCAGCACCACCCUGGAGCAGAUGGACUUCAGUGCAAUAGACUCCAACAAGGACUACACGUCCAGCUUCAGCCAGACGGGCCCCCACGUCCACCAGACCCCUUCCCCGAGCUUCUUCCUGCAGGACGCCAGCAAGCCCCUCCCCAUUGAGCAGAAUGCCCACAGCAGCCUGGGUGACUCUGGGGGCACCUUUGUGAUGCCCACGGUGAAAACGGAGGCGUCGUCACAGACCAGCUCCUGCAGCGGCCACGUGGAGACACGGAUUGAGUCCACUUCUUCCCUCCACCUCAUGCAGUUUCAGGCCAAUUUCCAGGCCAUGGCGGCGGAAGGGGAGGUCACCAUGGAGACCUCGCAGGUGGCCGAAGGGGGUGAGGCCCUGAUCAAGUCCGGGGAGCUGCAGGCCUGUAGCUCCGAGCACUACCUGCAGCCCGAGCCCACCGGGGUCAUCCGCAGCGCCGGCGGCGUCCCCCUCCUCCCGGGCAACGUGGUGCAGGGACUCUACCCCGUGGCCCAGCCCGGCCUGGGCAACGCCUCCAACAUGGAGCUCAGCCUGGACCACUUCGACAUCUCCUUCGGCAACCAGUUCUCCGACCUGAUCAACGACUUCAUCUCCGUGGAGGGGGGCAGCGGCACCAUCUACGGGCACCAGCUGGUGUCGGGGGAUGGCGCAGCACUCUCGCAGUCAGAGGACGGGGCCCGUGCCCCCUUCACCCAGGCAGAGAUGUGCAUCCCCUGCUGCAGCCCCCAGCAGGGGAGCCUGCAGCUGAGCAGCGCCGAGGGCGGGGCCAGCACCAUGGCCUACAUGCACGUUGCCGAGGUGGUCUCGGCCGCCUCAGCCCCGGGCACCCUGGGCAUGCUGCAGCAGAGCGGACGGGUGUUCAUGGUGACCGACUACUCGCCAGAGUGGUCUUACCCGGAGGGAGGAGUGAAGGUUCUCAUCACAGGCCCGUGGCAGGAAGCCAGCAGUAAUUACAGCUGCCUGUUCGACCAGAUCUCAGUGCCUGCGUCCUUGAUCCAGCCCGGGGUGCUCCGCUGCUACUGCCCAGCCCAUGACACUGGUCUUGUGACCCUACAAGUUGCCUUCAACAACCAGAUCAUCUCCAACUCAGUGGUGUUUGAGUACAAAGCUCGGGCCCUGCCCACACUUCCAUCCUCCCAGCACGAUUGGCUGUCACUGGACGAUAACCAGUUCAGGAUGUCCAUCCUGGAGCGACUGGAGCAGAUGGAAAGGAGGAUGGCUGAGAUGACCGGGUCCCAACAGCACAAGCAGGGGAGCGGAGGAGGGAGCAGCGGAGGGGGCAGCGGGAGUGGGAACGGAGGAGGCCAAGCUCAGUGCGCAUCUGGCCCCGGGACCCUGGGGAGCUGCUUUGAGAGCCGCGUGGUUGUCGUGUGCGAGAAGAUGAUGAGCCGGGCCUGCUGGGCAAAGUCCAAGCAUCUGAUCCACUCAAAGACUUUCCGUGGAAUGACUCUCCUCCACCUGGCCGCAGCCCAGGGUUACGCUACCCUCAUCCAGACCCUGAUCAAAUGGCGCACAAAGCAUGCAGAUAGCAUUGAUUUGGAACUGGAGGUUGACCCCUUGAAUGUGGACCACUUCUCCUGUACUCCUCUGAUGUGGGCAUGUGCUCUCGGGCACUUAGAAGCAGCUGUCGUGCUGUACAAGUGGGACCGUCGGGCUAUCUCUAUUCCGGACUCUCUAGGAAGGCUGCCUUUGGGAAUUGCCAGGUCAAGGGGUCAUGUGAAAUUAGCAGAGUGUCUGGAGCACCUGCAGAGGGACGAGCAGGCUCAGCUUGGACAGAACCCCAGAAUCCACUGUCCUGCAAGUGAGGAACCCAGUGCAGAGAGCUGGAUGACCCAGUGGCACAGUGAAACAAUCCACUCCCCAGAAAUACCCAAAGGAGUCACUGUCAUUGCAAGUACCAAUCCAGUACAGGUGACUGGAAGUCCGAAGGGGACCAGUGUAGGAAAGGAUGCAACACCUUCACAGGUGCGUCCACGGGAACCAGUGAGUGUCCUGAUGAUGGCUCACAGAGAGGUGGUGAACACAGAGCUGGGGUCCUACCGUGAUAGUGCAGAAAGUGAGGAGUGCUCACAACCCAUGGAUGAUAUACAGGUGAACAUGAUGACCUUGGCAGAGCACAUCAUCGAAGCCACCCCUGAGCGGAUCAAGCAGGAGAACUUUGUGCCCACGGAGUCCCCGGCAUUGGAGAGGACGGACGCGGCCACCAUCAGCAGUACAAUGAGCUGGCUGGCCGGUUACCUAGCUGACGUAGACCAUCUGCCAAAUGCCGCCCAGAUCAGAAGUGCAUAUAACGAGCCUCUAACCCCUUCUUCUAAUACCAGCCUGAGCCCUGUAGGCUCACCAUGCAGUGAAAUAGCUUUCGAGAAACCCAGCCUUCCCUCCACCGCAGACUGGUCUGAAUUCCUGAGUGCGUCUACCAGUGAGAAGGUGGAGAAUGAAUUUGCUCAGCUGACUCUGUCUGAUCACGAACAGAGAGAACUCUAUGAAGCAGCCAGGCUUGUCCAGACAGCUUUCCGGAAAUACAAGGGCCGACCCUUGAGGGAGCAGCAGGAAGUGGCAGCAGCUGUCAUUCAGCGUUGUUACAGAAAAUAUAAACAGCUGACAUGGAUAGCCUUGAAGUAUGCACUUUAUAAAAAGAUGACACAGGCUGCCAUCCUGAUCCAGAGCAAAUUCCGAAGUUACUACGAACAAAAAAAAUUCCAGCAGAGCCGGCGUGCUGCUGUGCUGAUCCAGAAGUUUUACCGGAGUUAUAAAAAAUGUGGCAGGAGACGGCAGGCGCGGCGGACGGCAGUCAUCGUACAGCAGAAACUCAGGAGCAGUUUGCUAACCAAAAAGCAGGACCAGGCUGCUCGAAAAAUAAUGAGGUUUCUACGCCGCUGUCGCCACAGAGUGAAAGAAUUGAAAAAGGCCAAGGAACUUGAAGACAUACAGCAGCAUCCCUUAGCAAUGUGACACUGCUUUUCAGACUGUUUUCAUUUCUGUUUUUAGGAGAGACAUGCGACAACACCCACACACACACACACACACACGCAUGCACACACACACACACAACAUAAUCCCUCUGCAGUUUGGGGGAGAUGAGCUGCAGGAUUUUAACAGGAAUGUUUUGGUCAUUGCAUUUGCACUUUCAUGGACAACUUUUAAUUUGAUCAGCAAGACAUCUUGGAAUUCAAUCUUCUGUUGGAUCAUGGGCAAACAAGACACCACGAGGAAUCAAAAGAGGCUUUCCUCCUCUUAGGAAGAAGCCGUCUUCCUUCUCACAUAGGGCUGUAUUCAAACAUCGUGUGGAACUGUACAAAUAUUUAUACCAAAAAUAUAGAUAAGAAAAGGUGGGGAUGCACUAGCAACAAAGAGAAUGCUGUUCCUGCACCUGUCAGUUAUUUCCAAGAAGCUGAAUCUUUGGGAUUGAUUCUCAGUGGAGGGCUUAGAUCAUACAAAUCUUUAUUGGGUCCGUGUGUUCUCAUUUCCUUCACUGUGUUUAGUUGAUUUUAAUUUGUCUGUUUGUGUUUCAAUCUUUACAGCACACUUAAUGCAACUUUUAAAAUCUGCAGGUUAUUAAUGUCUUGUGGAAAUUUGCAGAGGGGCGGGUGCGUGGUAAACGGGUAAUGCGUGGGAAAUGAUGAGGAACAGCGUACAGAGUUUAAAUUUAUUUUCUGUCCCCACCACCUCCCAAGAACCUGCGAGGAUAGUCAUCAUCUUGUCCCUUUUCUCAUGUUCAGCACUUUAAUUUUUUUUGCCUUACUUUCAUGUGCAAUGAAAAUUACUUAGAGAAUUGGUAAAGCAUGUAGCUUUUUUUAGUAGCCUUGGAAACUGUAGUCAUUCUUAGGAAUCAUAAACCUUGCCUGGACAUUUGCCACCUAAAAGACCAGUGUGGUGCUGCGUUCUGGCCAGUAAAUUCCAUAUUUUUGGCUAUAUCUCAUCCAACCUGAGCAGUUUCUGUGUAUAUAUAGAAGGUAGAAAUGGAAAGUGAGAAAAUAUUUGAAAGGGAUUAUAUUAAUUGCUAAAUAUUUUAUUCACAAAGGUCAAUAACAUGGCAAGAUAAAAUUAUUUGUAUAGUUUUGUCUGAAUGAGCGAGAAAAAAUGUGGAUGUAUUGUUUGUAUAUAUUGUAUAUAUUAAAACAAAGAGAUAUGUGCAUGAAAUCAAGAAAAAAGAAAUGAACAAAAGCAAAGCAUUAGUGGCUAUGGUCUGUAAAAUGAAACAAAAAAAACUUUAUUUCACUAUAAGAGUACUUUAUUUUAAAUGUUCUUUAGAAGAACAUUUUGCUAAAGCAUGACUAAACUGCAAAAAAAAAAAAAGAGCUACUGUAUUAAGACUUAGGAAAAAAGGCAGAGUAACAUUACUUUAAAAAAAAGGGUAUGUUUACAUUUAAUUUUGGCU